AUGGGGUCUAUACAAGAGUCUUCUAUGUCAGAUUCCACGCCACCUUACGACUUCGACCCUCCCUCCCGGUUGCGACCAAAUCUCUACGGCUGGGUGAACACAUCGGACACCGGCUAUCAAAUCGAUGAAACUCCCUCAGGAGUUAAGAGACCCCUCCGUGUGAUCGUCGUCGGAGCUGGAGCUGCAGGCGUUAAUUUUGCGAAGUUUGCGCAAGAUGUACUUGAAAAUGUUGAGCUUACAAUAUACGAUAAGAAUCAUGAGGUUGGGGGGACUUGGGUGGAAAAUGUCUAUCCUGGCUGCGCUUGUGACAUCCCAAGCGUGACCUAUCAGUUCACGUGGGAGCCAAAGGUUUGGUCGAAAUACUAUUCUGAAGCGCCCGAGAUCCUACAAUACUUCGUUGACAUCACUCAUAAGUAUGGACUAAGAAAGUAUUUCAAGCUCCAGCACACCGUAGAUAAGGCUGAAUGGGAUGAAGACGCCGGUCAAUGGACGGUCGAUGUAACUGAUGUUACCCACGGAAGGUCCUUUAAGGAUCAUUGUGACGUCUUCAUCAACGCUGGGGGUAUAUUGAACUACUGGAAAUGGCCUGACGUGAAAGGUAUUGAUCGCUUUCAAGGCACAAAGGCGCACACUGCAGCAUACCCUCGCGAUCUCGAUCUGAAAGGAAAGCGUGUUGCUGUCGUGGGAACUGGGUCCAGUGGAAUUCAACUAAUCACUAAUUUACAACCUGAGAUUGAAAAACUGUAUACCUGGAUCAGGACUCCAACUUGGAUGACGGCCGGCUAUGCCCAGGCACAUGCAGGGCCAAAUGGAGGAAACUUUGAAUACUCUAACGAAAUGAAAAAGAAGUUCUCUGGAGACCCUGCCUGGUAUCUGAAAUAUCGCAAGGCUAUCGAGUAUGAGAUGAGCGACUUUAUGCUAGUGCAUAAAAACACUCCAGCGCUAGAGGCAGCGAACAAAUUCGCAUUAUCUGACAUGAAGCGAAAGCUAUCAUCGCGGCCGGACCUAAUUGAGACCUUGAUACCGAAGACCUUUCCAGUAGGAUGUCGUCGACCAACACCCGGCAACGGCUACCUCGAAGCUUUGAUUUCGAACAACGUCAAAAUCUAUUUGGCUGAAGCCUUGACGGAGCUUACAGAGAAAGGCUUCAUGGACCCUGAAGGUAAUGAGCAGCAAGUUGAUGCAAUCAUCUUCGCAACAGGAUUCGACACGACUUGGGUUCCCCGGUUCCCCAUCAUUGCGAAUGGAAAGAAUCUCCAGGAUAUAUACGCGGAGAAGCCGUUGGGAUAUCUUGGGGUUGCGGCCCCCGAGAUGCCGAACUACCUGACUUUCUAUGGGCCAUAUGGUCCCACCGGCCAAGGCAGCGUUCUUCCUAUGAUUGAAUUCAUGUCGAGAUAUCAUAUUCAGUGGAUCGAGAAAAUGCAGCUUCAGAGACUCAAGAGUUUCACACCCAAGAGGAAGGUGGUGGACGAGUACGGAGAGCAUGCUGACCUGUGGCACAAACGUAUGGUUUGGAGCGAGCCAUGUCGGAGUUGGAUGAAAGGUGGAAAGAUAGACGGCAAGGUCAUGUUGUAUUGUGGUACAAGAGCACAAUACAUGGAGCUCAUCUCUUCUCUUCGGCCCGAAGACUUCGAUAUCACCUACAGAAGCACGAAUCGCUGGAAUUGGCUAGGUAACGGCUUCACUCAGCGGGAUGUGAAUGGCAAAGACAUCACAUGUCCUCAUUGUCGUGAUGAACCAGUGGGUGCCUACGGCUCUACGAACGGGAUCUCUGACAUAUCCGAAGCCACUUACUUUGAAAUGCUUGUCAUGUUCAAAUUUCAUUCCCGACGCAAAUACACCUGGCUGGACCUUCUUCAUAGGCUAAGAUCCAGACUUUCCGAGGGUGACAGGUUGAAUUUCGCGCUGCCAUGUUCUGGGUCAAAAGGCCGUCACGCCUUGGUUUUAGGGGCCUCAGGCAUCACUGGAUGGGCGAUCGUGAAUCAACUACUCCGGGGCUACCCUCAGAAGGGAAUAUUCUCUAAGGUCAGCGCCGUCACAAACAGACCGAUUAUCUUCCAAGACACUUUGUGGCCAAUCAACGACAGUCUCAGACUGGUCAGUGGCGUGGACCUCAAUAGUGCUAGCCAGGAAGAGCUUGAGAGCCAGAUGAAGAGCAAGAUAAGAGACAUCGAAGAUGUGACGGACAUUUACUUCUACGCGUAUCGCCACUCUACGGACCCCAAUAUCGAAAGCACGGUCAACACUCGGAUGCUAGAGCGGACAAUCAAUGCAGUUGACAGGCUUUCGGAAAAACUUUUGUUCGUUGUUCUUCCUAGCGGUACCAAGGCCUACGGAGUUCACUUGGGCAAAGAUUUGUUUCCUUUCUCGGGCGAAUUGCCUCUGAAGGAGUCGUUGCCCCGCAUCCCUCAGCCUUAUGCAGCACAGAUGUUCUACUACCAUCUUCUUGACCGCUUGAGGUCUCUGUCCCAAGGACGCAAAUGGACAUGGUGUGAUGUCCGCCCGGAUGUGAUUCCUGGGUUUGUACCUAAUGGUAAUACAUAUUGCCUCGCGCAGACACUCGCCGUUUAUCUAAGCCUCUUUGCUGCAGUCGAGGGAGCAGGCCAAGACUGUUCCUUUCCGGGUUCAUGGGAAGCUUGGAACACCAAAUCUAACGACAGCUCCCAGGAUAUCGUGGCAAAGUUCAGCAUUUGGGCGUCACUGCACCCAAAAAGAACCGGAGGCGAGUCCUUCAAUAUCGCCGACAGCGAUACAGCAACGACCUGGGCCCAGCGCUGGCCAGUUAUUUGCGAAUGGUUUGGGCUCAAGGGCACACCGCCGGUGGAGAACUAUCUUCAGCCACGAUACUACCUCAAGUCGAAUCUCUCAGCGUGGAGUGAACUCGUCAGGAAGAACAGGCUGAGAAAUAAUCUAAUACACAAUGAGUUAAACGAAGGUAAAGGACACUACCAACAGCAUAUUAUGUCAGAGCUCUGUUUUGAUCGGGCGCUGGACCUCACCAAGAGCCGAAAUGCUGGAUUCCACGAAACUUCAGACCUUCGACAAACCUGGUGGACAGUGUUUGACCGUCUCCGACAAAACAAGGCGAUUCCUUGA